UCGGGAGUGCUAGUGAAAGGUUAUGUUGUGAAAAGCUAGUUAUUGCGAAAAUAGUUUUUAUCUAAGGAAAAUGAUAAUUAGCAACAAUUUUACCAAUUUUCUUUUAUAGUAUAUAUAGUCGUGAAUGCAAUAUAACUAUUUCCAAGAUGCAGAAUAAUACGCGUGACCGUGAUACGAAUCACUCUAGUUCUGGAACCCAUACCCAUUCUACUGUGAUGAAUAUGCGUGAUAAAGAAAAAUACAUUGAAGAAUUCAAUUUUCCCUUUUGUGAUUUAACUUCUAAAUAUGAAAAAGUUACCAAAAUAGGCCAAGGAACCUUUGGGGAGGUAUUUAAGGCCCGAGAUAAGAGUAAUCCUAAAAAAUUUGUAGCAAUGAAAAAGGUUCUUAUGGACAAUGAAAAAGAAGGGUUUCCCAUCACGGCCCUUCGAGAAAUAAGGAUCCUGCAGCUGUUGAAGCACGAAAACGUGGUGAACCUCAUAGAAAUCUGCAGGACGAAAGCGGCGAUACACAACCGAUACCGAUCCACAUUUUAUCUAGUUUUCGAUUUUUGUGAACAUGAUUUGGCCGGUUUGUUGUCGAACAGUAACGUUAAAUUUAGUUUAGGCGAAAUUAAGAAAGUAGUGCAACAAUUGUUGAAUGGACUCUAUUACAUUCACAGCAAUAAAAUAUUGCAUAGGGACAUGAAGGCGGCUAACGUGUUAAUUACGAAAAACGGCGUUUUGAAGUUGGCCGAUUUUGGAUUGGCCAGAGCGUUUAGUACUAAUAAGAAUGGUAUGCCAAAUAGGUUCACGAAUCGAGUGGUGACACUGUGGUACAGGCCCCCCGAGUUGCUUCUCGGCGAACGAAACUACGGUCCGCCGGUGGACCUGUGGGGCGCCGGUUGCAUCAUGGCCGAAAUGUGGACACGGUCUCCGAUCAUGCAGGGUAACAGCGAGCAGCAGCAAUUGACGUUGAUAUCGCAAUUGUGCGGUUCGAUAACGCCUCAAGUGUGGCCAGGCGUGGAAAGUCUCGAGCUGUACAAGAAGAUGGAUUUGCCGCAGAAGCAAAAGAGAAAGGUAAAAGAACGACUGACGCCUUACUUGAAAGAUCCGUACGCUUGCGACCUUCUGGACAAACUCCUCGUCCUGGAUCCAUCAAAGCGCGCGGACUCGGACACUGCGUUGAACCACGACUUCUUCUGGACUGAUCCGAUGCCCUGUGACUUGGGCAAAAUGUUGGGCAAUCACACUCAGAGUAUGUUCGAAUUUCUGGCUCCGCCUAGAAGAGCUACUCAAAUGAGGCACCACUCGAUGCCUAGACCAACCACCUCAGCUGUACAGGAUUCAGGGUAUCAAGAUAGGGUGUUUUAGGGAGUCAUCGUUUCCAGACACUAUUAUUAUAUAUGAG